CGGCGAGGGUGGAAAUAGCAGGGACAUCAUACAACUGCUUUAAACAUGGGCACCCUUGUUCACUGCUUACAUCUUCAGGGUGGUUAUCUAUUCAAAUCAAAUAGAAACAAAAGGAUAACAAUUCGGAGUAAGACGGGAAAACGUCAGAUGGUUGCCAUUUUGAUGAUAUAAUUUCUUUAAUCCAACGUAAAAGAUUGCUAAUACAAAGGAGUUAGCAACCACAUAAAUUUAGUGGCAAUGCCAAUAUGCUGAUCAGUUAUUUGAUUGGUUGUCAGGAGCACUUGAAAUCGGAUAAAGAAUUCAAAUCAAAGUUGAGCAAAGAGAAGAUCAAGAAGGGUGCAGAGCACGUCAAAGCAGUCAUGUCUAGCUAUGAUUAUUACAGAAGCAACCCGACACCUUACAGUCGGUAUAGCGGUGCCUAUUUUAGCGGUAGACCAUUGACCGAAGCAGUACGACAGAAUAUUGUGGAAAUGGCGCUUCGUGGGUACAGGUCAUGUGAAAUCUCAAGACAGAUGCUAGUAUCUCAAGGGAGUGUCAGCAAAAUACUCGGCCGUUAUUUUGAUGCUGGGAAUGUAUACUCUGGAGCAAUAGGCGGAAGCAAGCCAAAGGUAGCUACGCCGGAAGUCACUUUGAAGAUUGAAGAAUACAAAAUGCAAAAUUCUACAAUUUUUGCCUGGGAGAUCAGAGAAAAACUAAUCAAAGAUGGCGUCUGUAGUGCAGAUAAUUGUCCUAGUGUCAGCUCUAUUAACCGAAUUCUUCGUAAAACUGCAACUGAACGGUCCGUGAGACGUGCGUUGUUGGAGCAUGAGCAAGAUUUGUUGCUACGAAGUCACUAUGAAAAUAGAUAUAUGUCAUCUCCAAAUGGCCGACCUUGCUGCUCAAAAUUUUGUGGAAAUCACUUUCAAGUAGCAGUUUCCCCAAAUAAUAAUUCUAGAAACUAUUCUUCAGCUCAAGAACAUCAUGUAUCUUCGACUGGGAGUAUUGGAUUGCAUUCAACACAAGAAGAUCAUUUCGACAACCAAAUGAAGGAAGAACAGUUAAGGCAAAAUGUGGAUAAAGAAGUUCCAGAUUAUAACGGAAGAAGUAAAAAAAGAGAGGCCUACAACUUAUAUAGUCCUUGGAGAAACGACAACGGAGAAAGACAUAAAUAUCCUAAAGAGGAAAGAAAGUCUCCAGAGCACAUUGAAGCUAUCAAAACGAUUGAGAGCCCAGUCUCCGUUAGAUCAGAAAGUCUUUGGCAGCAAAAAAUGCAAAAUGAAGAAGAUCAAGAUGAACUGUCAACAGAUGAAAAUGAUGCGAGCAGCAGUAAACACGAAGCUCCAAUACCUCCUCACGUAAAUCCAAGGCGGAAGGUGAGAAGAAGCCGAACAACAUUCGCCUCAAAACAGCUGAAUGUCCUGGAAGAGGAGUUUAGAAAAUGCCACUAUCCAGAUGUCAACACAAGAGAAGACGUUGCAGAAAAGAUUGGCAUGUCUGAAGCCCGCGUGCAGGUGUGGUUUUCAAAUCGUCGGGCAAAAUGGAGAAGACACCAACGCAUUCAGCCACCCCAAACAUCAUCCACACGCACUGUCUAUCGGCCAAUUUUCUCAGCUGACAGGCAAUGUUUAUCGUGUCAUAUUGGAUGCGGUGAAAGAAUUGUACAGAAUACCCAGGUUGAAAGACAGCGAAACACACAGUUGGGAAGCGGAUAUCCGUGCUCAUGCGAGCAGCGUCUCUGAAACGUUCUUUAGUUUCGUACUCGAAAGAUUGAAGAAAGACUUUAAAAUUGAUUCCAUACAUUCUUAUUUAUAGCUUUUGUUCGUUUAUUGUAAAUGUUUUGAGUAUUAAAUUUUAUAUCAAUGCGUAAGUGCUCAGCAACAUUGAUAAGUGCUCAAAAAGGUUCACAACAUCCUGAAGUAAAAAUAUUACUGAAGUGACAAUUGACAGAUUUUAUGCAUUUUUGUUGUUGGUUUAACAACUCACAAGGAAGUGAUUGGCUUGUGCUUCCUUGAAUAUCAUCUCCCAAUGCUACCUUCUGGGACCCUAUAUUUGGAACUUGCAUCGAUGUUAUACACUGAAAAUACUAAAUGCCAAGAUAAGGGCUUAAAUAUUGAUUACUUUUAAUUACCUUAAAUAUUGAUUGGGAAGUUCUCCGUUAAGGAUUUUGAUGGCGGUUCAAACUGGAAACAAUAAUAAAAAACAUGCAAAGCUAAUCAUUGCUUAUUGUGAUUGAAACUUCUUAACUUCUUGCAACUUUGUUUGAGAAUUUUCACUUAUGCUGUCUUUGAAGUGUUGUAGAUAAUUAUCACGAACUGAAAAAUAAUGCCAACAUAAGCUGCGAAGAUCUAACUAAGGCAGAAUCAAGUGUAGCAAAUUUUGCUUUUUAUUGCUUUGCGAAAUACACACAUGUUAGAUCUUGACCAAUGCAUGUUAAAGGCAACAUAGAGACUACCCUUGUGCGAUAAUUGUUGUGACAUAUAAUCGCAUAUGGAGGAACUAAUAACUCUUAGGCGAUUGCUUACGUAAAAGAGAUUAUCUAAACGCUUCAAAUGAUUGAAUUAAUUUGAAUUUAAAAAUUUAAAUUUACUGGGCGUAUUAUGUGUUUAAUUAACCUUACUCCUGCUGAAGUGCUCAAUACAUUGAGCCAAAGAUAGAUAAUUUGUUGAAGAAGAGAUCUUCAUCAUUUUCGAAAAUGUAAUAACUUAGCUUCGUAAUUAGAUAUAGAUAUUGAAUUUAAUCAAACGAUACGAAGCCUUGAAGCCUUGGAAGUC